CAAAUGAACUGAAUUCCGCAGUUCGAGACGAACUUGUCAUUCAAUUCCAACUUGGUGCAGUUAGCACAGCACAAACACACAACUGCCCACUUCUCUCAUUAUUAAAUUUAAUCAGAAAUUCUGUCGCCUUCUCUCUCUCUCAAACAUAAAAACAAACACAUAUCUCAUACUUCACUAUUCUCUCUCCAAAACCGAAAAUGUCACUCUUAACCAAACUCUCCAAAUCAUCUUCAAUCACCCACCCCAAUUAUUUUCUCCACUGCCUCCGUUACAUGAGCAAUAUACCGGAAAACACCGUAUACGGCGGUCCAAAGCCCCAGUGUUCCAACCAGAGAGUAACACUAAGCCAUCUCAAACAAAAACACAAAAAAGGCGAGCCAAUCACUGUUGUCACUGCCUAUGACUAUUCUUCCGCCGUCCACCUCGACACAGCCGGAAUCGACAUUUGUUUAGUCGGAGAUUCCGCCGCCAUGGUCGUUCACGGACACGACACCACUCUGCCUAUCUCACUCGAUGAAAUGCUUGUCCACUGCCGCUCCGUCGCUCGCGGCGCCAAUAGACCGCUUCUGGUUGGUGACUUGCCUUUUGGUACAUAUGAAUCAAGCACCAUGCAGGCAGUUGAUACAGCGGUUAGAGUUUUGAAAGAAGGCGGAAUGGAUGCUAUUAAACUGGAAGGAGGCUCAAGUUCUAGAAUUACUGCUGCUAAAGCUAUUGUAGAAGCUGGAAUUGCAGUUAUGGGACAUGUUGGACUUACUCCUCAGGCUAUUAGUGUUCUUGGAGGUUUUAGACCUCAAGGAAAGAAUAUUUCUAGUGCUGUCAAGGUUGUGGAGACUGCUUUGCAAUUGCAAGAAGCAGGGUGUUUCUCUGUUGUUUUGGAGUGCGUGCCUGCGCCUGUAGCUGCUGCGGCUACAUCUGCUCUUCGAAUUCCUACCAUUGGCAUUGGAGCAGGUCCUUUUUGUAGUGGCCAGGUGUUAGUUUACCAUGAUCUAUUGGGCAUGCUGCAACACCCACAUCAUGCGAAGGUUACUCCAAAGUUUUGUAAGCAGUUUGCACGUGUGGGGGAUGUCAUAAACAAAGCUCUCCUCGAAUACAAGGAAGAAGUAAUAAAUGGUUCAUUCCCAGGACCUGCUCACAGUCCAUAUAAAAUCAGUGCAGCUGAUAUGAAUGGUUUCUUGAGUGAACUGCAAAAGUUAGGUUUGGACAAGGCAGUAUCAUUAGCAGCUGCAGCAGCUGAGAAGAUACAAACAGCUGAAUCAUUUGAAGGAUCAACUUCAGCAAAUGACUGAAAGCUUUUUUUAUUUCACUUAAUCAGUAAGAAGAGCCAAGCAAUAGAAGUAUCAAAACUCUUCAGUACAUUUUGAGAAGAUAGGCCAGAAAAUAAUGUCAUUGGUUUCAGAAAAUCCUACAAGAGUUCCAUUUUUUUCUUUUUACAAAAGUUGCGUUGCUACUAGUUAUUCCUAUGUCUAAACUCUGGCCACAAAUGCAUCAGAAAGCAAUGCCAAUUGUUAUAGAUUUUGACUUCAGAAGAUGGGGAUUAGCAUUUCUGGAUUUUUCUUUUCCUCUUAUUUUCAGUUUAUUGGAGGUGUAAA